AGAAACCGUAUAGGCUCGACCCUUGCCCGCCGCCAGAACUCGUCUCGCCCGCGGCCGAUCCUCUCCAUCGGCUCGCCGCGCCGCAUCCCGGAGAGGAGACUGCGCUCGGCCGAGCACCACCUGAGGCCCAGCGUCCUCGCGAGUCGCGACCAGCUCUGGCGCGGCGGCCGCCCUCUGCAGCCCCGGUGUCCCCGCAACCGUCGCUGCUGUCCUACUUCGCCACUCGCCACCUUGGCCGGCGACGAGCACUGCCAGGACACCAGGGUGUACACCCAUGCCCUUUACUGGGUCCGCCCCCUGCUCACCCCCAUGCCAAGGCUGCCACUGAGUGCCUGUUCUUGAUUCAGAAGCAAUGUCAUCACAGACUGGAGGUGGCAGAGGUAGUGACGCCGGCUCGGUGCAACGUGGGCAGAUGCAGAGUUUGGCAAGACAAGGGUCUUUAUACAACCUUACCCUCGAUGAGGUGCAGAGCCAUUUGGGGGAGCCAUUGCUUAGCAUGAAUUUUGAUGAGCUCCUGAAGAGUGUGUUUCCUGAUGGUGUAGAUCCAGAUGGUGCUGUUUCAGGCAAGCCUGAUCCAACAUCGAGCCUGCAGCGACAGGGGAGCAUCAUGAUGCCUCUGCAGCUGAGCAAGAAGACUGUCGACGAGGUGUGGAAGGGCAUCCAGGGUGGACCAGAGACCAGUGCUGCGGUGGAUGGUCGGCAGAGGCGAGAGAGGCAGCCAACACUUGGGGAGAUGACACUUGAGGACUUCCUGGUCAAAGCUGGGGUUGUUACAGAAGGACAUAUGAAGGAUUCGGCUGAUUUGCAAAGCAAUGUGGAUACAGUUGGCAGCAGUGUUGUUGUGGCUGGUGCUUCUAGUUUGAACCCUGGAGCACAGUGGUUGCAGCAGUACCAACAGCAAGCUUUGGGGUCCCAGCAACCGAGUUUGGCAGGUUCAUACAUGGCUAGUCAGUUGCACCCUCAGCCAUUGUCUAUUGCUACAGGUGCUAUUAUGGAUUCUAUUUACUCUGAUGGCCAGAUUACUUCGCCAUCAUUCGGUGCACUUUCAGACCCUCAGACACCUGGCCGCAAGCGUGGUGCCUUAGGGGAGGUAGUCGAUAAGGUGGUUGAAAGAAGGCAGAAGAGGAUGAUAAAGAAUAGGGAAUCAGCUGCACGAUCAAGAGCGAGAAAGCAGGCUUACACUAACGAACUUGAAAACAAGGUAUCCCGUCUAGAAGAGGAGAAUGAGAGGCUAAAGAAACAGCAGUCCUGGAAGAACCAUCUUGAAUUUAGUCAGCCAGCCUUUUAUUGUUGUUUUGGCCUUGAAUUUGCCACCAUCCUGGAAAGACCACGCUUGUUUUGUUCAUAUGUUUGGUCUUGAAUUUGAAACAGCAAUCAGAGGGAAUGGGGAAAGGGAGUUAUUUCCUCCCUUAUUGAGGUUUGUAAGGGGAACAACUCCAUGGAUUCAGAGAACCUACUUGGUAUUGGAAAAUAUCUGUGUUUUGUUUCAUAAAAUUGUUAGUUUAAUGCUAUUAGAUUUGCUUUCACUGAUAUGUAGAGCUGUUGCUGAGCAUCGGAUACAUGGGUUUAUCAUGAGAAACUUUGUACCAGUCGUGUUUAUACUAUUACCUUAGCCCAUUUCUUUUUAGCCCACUGCAAUGAUGUUGUGAUGCUCCUUUUCCGUUGUGGUGAUGCAUAGAAUUUUGGCAGCAUAAAGCCAUAAAGUAAUUGAUGUACCUGCUGCUCUUUUUUCUUGACAGUGGGUAAACAAUAGCACGGCGUUGAUAUGCAAUGCCUCUAAUAAACAUUAUAUCACGUUAUGUUCGUGCUGACGUCCUUGCUAACAUUGCCUUUCUGUUGGGGUCCUUUACUUCACAUUGUUUUCAGGAGUUGGAUGAGAUACUGAGCUCUGCUCCUCCACCAGAACCCAAGUAUCAACUCAGGAGAACGGGUUCAGCUGCCUUUUGAGUUUCGACGGUGGCGAUGCUCAUAGUGAUUUUUGUACAUUAUAUACAAGGGUUCUACUUAUAUAGUUUGUUCUUUUUUUGGUUUGGGGGGGGGGGGGGGGGGUUGUUAGAAACAAUUUAUAGAUUUUUAUAGAUCCGGCCCGGUAGGUAAGUGUAUGUAGGUCGGUAGCAACCUGUAGCAUGUCCUGCGGAUCAUUUCCUUGUGUCUGCCAGUGUGUACAUCUUCUAGACACAUGUCUAGGUUCUGAGAGCUUCCUUAUACGAGAAGGUAUCCAGUUAUCUGAUGUGCAUGCAAGUGUCUUCAGCUGCUCUGUUUCAACGGUGCUGGCCAUUGUGUUUGACCUAAUGAACAACCGCAAGUCCUUUUGAUCAUACAUUCGUCAGCUCAGAAUUUGGCAUGGCAUUGGCGUGCACGUUGCUAAGACGUGCUGAUGGCCAUCGACGCUAAAUUCCAAAAGCGUCCAUACGCGGUUGUUCCAUAUCCAGUCGCGAGCCCGGAGGCCGGAAGCUCGCUCCUCGCUCGCGCGCCCCAUUUCGUGGCGAUUUCCCCUGUCUAAUCCAUCGUCCAAGAACAACCCGGACUCGACACGAGGAGGCAUGUCGUCAAGCUACAGGCUUUGGUCGUGUGCCAGCGUGGCGACAUGGUCCAACGGUGCCUCCCAUGUGACGCGCACGACGCUCGCUCUCAAGCUCCACGACGAGCAGCGGCAGCGCACGCUCGACGGAGAUCGUACGAGUCCAGCUCGAAGCAACCGAACCCAUCACAAUUCACACGCCGGCGGUGCCAUGCCAUCGCAGCCACAGUGCAUGCCGCGAUCCUGGCCAUCACUGGGUUCCUUUUCUUCCGAGCACAACCUUCCUUCCUCAGUCGCCGCCUGGCAGCUGGUAUUCAUCGGCUCACCGUAGUAGUGGCCGCAAGCACGCGUCCCGGCCAUGAGAUCCGUCGCCGCCUGCACUCCCCUCAUCUGUGCUCUGCUACUACUCCUGCAUUGCCUAGUCGCGCCUGUAGAUUGCCAUGGCGCGGCGUCGGCGUCGGGCGAGAGGCUCCGGUUCCAGCCGCGGAAGCUGCUGCGGGUGGCGGACGCAAGGGCAGCGGCGGCUACACAGCCGCUGAACGCCGCCGCCGCCGCCGCUGCCACGGCAGCAGGGGAGAGCCGCGGCAUCGGCGUCGGCCUCAGCCUCAGCGCAAGCCUGAGGAAGCAGACGCCGAGCAGCAAGUCGAAUCCGAGGCAGAAUUAGCAGGGAGCUGAAGGAGGAAGCAUUUUCAGAUAGACAGAUAGAUGUAAUUCUUCUUCUUCUUCUUCUUCUUCUUCUUCUUCUUCUUCUUCAGUGGCCACCUUUCGUUUUCCCUCCCAAUGUUAGAGUUGGGGUUGUAAACUUGUAACCCAGACGGCUUAGAAACAAGAGCUGAUGGAUCACCUGAUCCUUGUUCUGCUUUAUUUCUUCAUUCUUUUUGCACCCAGCAUUGACAAAUCUUAACAUUUCUCUUCGCACC